UUGAAUUACACCUAAUAUAGACAAUACACGAGCUUAUUAUCAAUGGAACCCAAAAAAUUUCAUAAUUCUGGAUCAGUGCAAACCACAAUUAGUGAAAAUGUGACUCGAUCGGAAUCAAAUAAUGAAUCGAAAAUAUUCAGGCACGAUAAAAAUGUAAAAAUUCGAGCACACCGGGCAGAUGCGCACCCGCAGAUCGAUUUGUUACCGACUAGUGAUUCCAGAGAAGAAAGAAAAGCUAACGGCAGGAUAAUAGCAGUGUGUGCGGCCAUUUUCCUCAUAUUCUUGGGAUUAUAUCAAGCGUGGAUAAGGCGUACGGCUGUUGUAGCUGGGGUAAUCGUCCCAGUGUUGAUAAUGCUGCUUUAUACAACGUGGAUCUUAUACUCUGCGAAAAGACACAAGCAGAAAAUGUUGAUGGAUCUUCGUGAGUGCUACUUAUUGCAGUAUCGUCAGCAAACAAUGAAAGAAUACAAUCGUCUAGGUCGGGAAUGUCCGACGUGUAUAUGUUAAACAGCGUGGGGGAUAAAACGGCUCCUUGUGGCACUCCGGCUGGUA